AUGGCGACCGAAGACAAAUCUCAGCACGACGUGCGCGCUUCUUCGGCAGAUUCCCCUCGCCGAGGAGAAUCUGCUCUCAGCGACGACUCGUCAGGGAAGAAGGCACCAUGGUGGUCUUACUUUUGGGAUUAUGAACCGACGAGGACUGCAGAGGAACGGAAAUUCGUGAAGAAACUAGAUGUUUCCCUCCUUACGAUCCUUUGCUUCGGAUACUUCAUCAAGAACUUAGACCAGACGAACAUUACCAAUGCAUACAUAUCAGGAAUGAAAGAAGACCUUUCCAUGGACUCGAACCAAUUGAACUUGAUAGAUGUGGCGUGGACUACAGGCUAUGUCAUCGGGCAACUCCCGUCCCAGUUCAUCCUGACCAAAGUUCGGCCCUCAAUUUGGAUCCCAAGCUGUGAGCUUGUAUGGACAAUCUUGACGUUCUGCCUUGCUGCUACGAACAACAGCAAUCAAGUCAUUGCUAUUCGAUUCCUGGUCGGCCUCGUCGAGAGUAUCUUCUAUCCCGCCGCACAUUUCUUGAUCGGCAGCUGGUACAAGCCGAGCGAGCUCGGGAAACGCGCCUGUAUUUUCCAUGCGUCCUCGGCGGCGGCAGGGAUGUUCUCCGGAUACCUUCAAGCAGCCGUUUACACUGGCUUGAACGGAACUCUAAACUUAGCUGGUUGGAAGUGGCUUUUCCUCAUGGACGGCUUCAUCAGUCUUCCAAUUUGUCUUGCGGGCUACUUCAUGAUUCCCGACCUGCCAGAGAACACUCGUGCGUUCUACCUGACAGACGAUGACGCUGUGCUCGCCCGGAAGCGGAUGGAUUCCAUUGGCCGUGCUCCACGCCGGAAGCUGGGCUGGUCAAUAUUGAAGAGAGUCUUCACACGCUGGCAUGUGUGGGGCUUGACGCUCCUCUACAUUGCCACAGGAUGGCCCGUGACGUCUGUUAUACCCACAGCACAGUCUGCUGUUCAACUCGUGUCGACUGUCAGCUUCUCCAUCCUAUCGGACUACCUGCGCUCCAGACCAGCAGUGAUGAGCAUAUCCACGUUCUUCGGAUUCUUCACGUCAUUGUUGCUCGCUAUUUGGUCAAUCCCGGCAGGUCUCAAAUGGUUCUCGUUCUUCGCGUCAAGAAUUUCCGUUGCAUAUGGACCAUUGUCCAUGACCUGGGCAAACGAAAUAUGUGGUGCAGAUGCCGAGGAGAGAGCAGUGGUACUGGGAAUCAUGAAUGCCGCGGGGUACGCAUUCAAUGCUUGGCUCCCGCUGCUGACUUACCCCGUGUUGGAUGCUCCGAGGUUUAGGAAGGGAUUCAUCUACACGACCAUCACAUUUGUGGCGCAAGCAGUAAUCACUUGGACGAUUUGGUGGCUAUCUCGGCGGGACAGGAAAAAGGAGGAAAAGUCCGCAAUUGACGCAGCUGGUGUUACCGAAGAACUAUAG